AUGGAGAACCCAGUGGCCGAUAUACCUACCGUUAUCCAGCGUCUGACACAGUCGCCGCCGUCUUUGCAAGAAACCGUCCUUAAGCGGUAUUUCACCAACAAUGCAUCCUUUGUUCAUCCGUUCUGCCGAGUGCCCAACUUUGAAGGUAGCAGAUGGUGGGUCUCAAAGAUAUUUCAAUGGUAUAAGAUCAUGUCACCCCGGAUCGAGCUAGAUAUUCAUUCUAUUGCAUUUGAUGAAGAUAAGCUCAAGCUCUAUGUGAAUAUGUCACAAAUCUUCUCCAUUUGGCUGGUUCCGUUCCAUGUCGCCCCGGUGACUCUCACGACGGUCUUGGAUCUGACGUACGACUCGGUGAAGAGCGAUGCUGCGACCAAUGGCGACCAUAAGUUGUACUACAUCUCUAAGCAAGAAGAUCUGUAUCAAACAUCGGAGUUUGUCAAGUUUAUCAUGCCGCAUAUCGGGUAUUGGAUUGUUUUUGGUUGGCAUCUCAUUGCAACCAUUUUCUGUAUCCUGGGUGUGACUUUGCUAUGGCCCAUACUGUGGCUGGAAGAGGAGGGCUAUAUCCCGGGUCGCUUUUUGCGAGGAGGCAAUCUGGCUUACAACAUGGAGAAGAAGAUUCCGGAAAUUAAAGGACAGUAA